UGCCCAUUAGUUUGGCUCGGAUCCUUAAGGUGUAUACAACGUUUGGGACGCGAUUGAACGCAGCUCGUCGUAUAUGUAUUAUAAUUUUUUGUUAUCACAUCCGACAUGUGCAAUUCCCAUUUAACGCACGCUACUACGAAAUUACUCAUACUUGGGCUUCUGGCGCUUAGCUAUCAGCAUCUUAUUGCUGCUGGUGAAACGAGCCUGGAUGGCUGCAAUGAAUACGUUUGUGGUUCAAUCGUCUCCAAAUGUCUCUUGACGCAGAGCUGUCAGUGUAAUUUAAGCAAUGCCACUUGCUUGCACGAGUGUCUCAAAUGUUUGGGCAACAUGUACGGGGAGUGUUGCGCCUGCUUGGAUAUGUGUCCCAAAGUGAAAGAUAUAUUUAACUCGGCGGUGCCCAGAUCACAAUAUGGACUUUUCGAAGGUUUACCGGAAUUGUUUGAGACGCUGACCGAAGAUGACGACAAUUGGAAUGUGAUACGCUUCGCCAUGCCAUCCAGCGUACGUCGGCAUUAUGGUGCCGGUUUUGGUGUUAGUUUCGCUAGCAUUGUGAGCGAUGGCGAUGCUAUUGACCGGCAAGCGUCCCUACAAAAAUUGCAUACAUCAGCGGCUGGAACGCAAGUCAAUUGCACUGUUAUCUACUUGAAUGAUUGCAAAACGUAUCACAAGUGCGCCCACGACUGCGAGAAUAUGGGUGCGAGUAGUUACCGCUGGUUCCACGAUGGCUGUUGUGAAUGUGUGGGCGCGAACUGUAUUAAUUACGGCAUUAAUGAGAGUCGUUGCUCGGCAUGUCCAAUAGAUGAUGAGAAUGCCGAGGAGGGUGCUGGUGCGGAUUACGAUGAUGAGUCGAUGUGGACAUUUGGCGAGGAGGAGCACAACUACAAUUAACUUAGUGCGUUUAGCGAAAUGUGGCUUUGAUCUUAAAACAAAAUGGCAAAAUGGCAAAACGGCAUGCAAUAAAGUGAAAUGUUGCUCGGUUAAUUUAAUUUAGUUGAAGCCAGUGAUAAGUAACAGUUAGCUAUAGUAGAGUAUGUAUGUAUGUAAUUCAUUGGAGGGGAGUAAUUGGUGAUAGAACGCUAAGUGUCACGGGGAUAAUUUAAUUAGGAAGUAAGAGUGCAUUAUUUCAUUUGGAUGCAGUGUUUUUUUUUAACGAUAAAUAAAUUUUUAAGAAAGUGUAUUUGCAAAUAUUUUAUUUUAGUGCCAUUACUUCUAAAUAAAUAGAGUGUUAAAUUAAACCAGAA